CCUCCAUAUCAUGUGAUUCAGGUGUUCCAAUCCCCUCCAUAUCAUGUGAUUCAGGUGUUUCCAAUCCCCUCCAUAUCAUGUGAUUCAGGUGUUCCAAUCCCCUCCAUAUCAUGUGAUUCAGGUGUUCCAAUCCCCUCCCAAUCAUGUGAUUCAGGUGCUCCAAUCCCCUCCAUAUCAUGUGAUUCAGGUGUUCCAAUCCCCUCCAAAUCAUGUGAUUCAGGUGCUCCAAUCCCCUCCAUAUCAUGUGAUUCAGGUGUUCCAAUCCCCUCCCAAUCAUAGUCAAUAGCUAAAGACCUCCAAACUUGGUGUGGCCUUCAGAUGAGCCCAACAACAGUGCGUAGAGAGCUUCAUGGAAUGGGUUUCCAUGGC